UUCCCCUCUUUUUAUUUUUCUUCCCUCCCGCUACUUCCGCGCGCGCUUCGUGAUCCAAGCGACCCGCUUGCGCUGCAAAUUCCCCUUGGAAGGCGAGAGGAGAAGACCGGAAUGACCGCCGAGAUUUGAUAAGGAAGAAGGCGGAAUUGGUAUUCAUUCCUUGUGUUAGUAGCUCUUUGGUGCGAGUUAAAAUCUUGUCUCCCGAUUAGGAUCGCAGGUUUAACUGCGUCGAUCUCGUUUCCGCGUUAAAUAGAACUCUGACGGUAGACAAAUAAAAGAAUUAUGGAUUCAGUAGAACGUGGUCCUUCAUAGCUAAAAAAACCUCACCUCUCUCUUUAUUGAAAAUAUCUAGUGUAGCUUAUCUUAAGACUAUUAGAUAAAGAUUUUGAGGCUUUUCCACUAUGCUCUGGAACAUCCUUUUCAACCUUCUUGUCUUUUGUUUUAGCUCACUCUUAAUUAAAAAAAGAGGCUGCUGAGGAUUACCAUUAGGCACUUCUUGAAGAUCCGUCAACCUUGCAAAAAAAAGUGGGGUCAGAUAAAUGUAUGGAAGUGAUACUGGUGAAUUUGAAAAAAAUAUUCAGUUUUGCUGCCAUAUCUGCCUAGCACAUAACUCCAAAGAUUUCCAUUUUGCUUGCUCCAAAUGAAUUUUACAUGUGCACCCAAAUAGGAACAUGCUUUUUUUUUAUGUGAUACUAUAAAUAGUUCUCUUCCAUGAGCAAGAGGUGCUCUUAAAUCAGAAUUAUUCCAGUGACAAAAUUCCAAAAUUGGGAUCUACAAUAUGGAACAGAGAUCUUGAUGUUUAUGUGUGGCCAGGAACAUGGGAUAACAUCUUGUCCUCUUCCUCGGCUUAGGUUGCCCAUUGGUCACCUUUUUCUAAGCAGUGGUAUCAUCUAAGGUCUUCUGAUGUUGAAGUCACAGUUGGAAUAUCUACAACCCCUGAAACAGAAGGCAGAACUGUCCAUGCUGGCCAGAGCCCCUGGACUCUUCAACUAUGGCUGGAGACAAAUCUCUCUUUGUGGGCAUGUAAUGUACGUAUGAUCCAGUGGCUAUUCUAUGCAGAUUCCUACUCUGCCCAUCUGUCCAGUUCAGUGAGAUGAUGGAGCAUGGAUGCCAGGGCCGCCAGCGGGCCUCCAAGAUUAUUUGCAAGCAGAAACGUAAAGAGCUGGAUGCCCAACGCAGCAGGAGCCGAAUCUGUAUCGGAAGCCACCUGGAGCAGUGGUGUCAGCUCAAAGAGAAACUGGGUUUUUCUCUCCAUUCCCAGCUGGCUAAAUAUCUGCUUGACAGGUACAGUUCACAUGCUUCAGUAUUGAAAACAGGAUCAGACAGCUCAGUUGCUGAUCCCAUCGCUUUUCCUUCGGAGGCAUUGCAACGUCUGGUUGUCCUUUCUCACAAUCACAGCCAGGAAUGUGGCUUCAUCCCUAAUGUGAAGACUGCUUUGCUGGAGCAGGAGAAAGUCUGCAGCCAGCUGGAAUGGGAGUGUCCAGCUGGUCAUACCUUCACCUGGAGUCCCCCUGCCUCAAAGAUUAGCCCACCACCCUUUGGCCAAACAGUUUCUGAUGGCAGACAGGAGCAAGAGGAGGAAACAAUCACUUCCAAGCGUAGCCCCCCACCCUCCCCGGUCACCAGAUGCCGGCGCUCCCUUCGCAAGGCAGCAGCAGCCCAUGCCAUUUCAUUAGCACUUGCUUCCAACUCGCCCUGUCCUGUGGAUGAGCCAGAACCAUCUUUCCAAGAGGAGGAGGAAUGUGGAACAGACAGAGAGAGGACCACGUGUAUGUCUCCUCCCAGUGGCACAGGUCUGGACAAGGAGACAGAAUUACUGUGCAAUACAAAUUCAGAUGAAACAGAAGCUGCACCAGAUGAAAUUCCAGGGAGCACUGAAGCUCCGGGACCUGAAAGGAUUUUAACUCUACCAGGGGAGACACCAGAAUCAGUGUCUGGUCCACCAGAGGAGGAGGAAGCAGAAGAUUUCACAGAGGAAGAUAACAUGAUAUACAUAGACGACCUGCGAGAUGAAAAUUAUCAGCCUUCCUUGGAUAGCUGCAAGAAGCAGGCACAGCCAGGAGAUGAAGACGUGUCCCAAAUUGGUCCUAAGAGAAUCAGGAAGGCAGCCAAGCGAGAGAUUCUCCUUUGUGACUAUGACGGUUGUGGGAAAAUUUUCUCCAAUCGCCAAUACUUGAAUCACCACAAGAAAUACCAGCAUGUUCACCAAAAGACCUUUACCUGCUCUGAUCCAAGCUGUGGCAAAUCCUUCAACUUCAAGAAACAUCUCAAGGAACAUGAGAAACUGCACAGCGAUAAAAAGGACUACAUAUGUGAGUUCUGCGCCCGCUUCUUCCGAACAAGCAGUAAUUUAAUUAUCCACAGGCGGAUCCACACCGGAGAAAAACCCCUACAGUGUGAGAUCUGUGGUUUCACCUGCCGCCAAAAAGCGUCCUUGAACUGGCACAUGAAAAAGCAUGAUGCCGACUCCUUCUACCAGUUCUCCUGCGAUGUUUGUGGCAAGAAGUUUGAGAAGAAGGACAAUGUCACUGCACACAAGAGUAAGAGCCAUCCUGAGGGGGCCACUGGGCCUCCCCCACCAGCACAGGACCCUCCCCCUCUGAGCUCUCCACUCGCAGCAGAGCCAAUGGCAAACCCGGUUCAGGAUCAGCCGUGUGACAUGGGGGGAAAGGUGGAGCCUCCUGCCCUUGCAAUUACCGUCCUCAUCGAAUAGCGGACCGAGCAGAAGGAGAAAAAGCAAUAGUAGAGAGAAUUCCUGACCUUUCCUGCAGGCCAGUUGCAUUACGUCAGCCGGUUGCAAAAUCAGCAAAGACACAUGGGCCCUAGCCCCUUAAAACAAGGUCCCACCAAUCACAAUCUUUCGCUCAGCUCUUCUGGGCUCGGCUCUGGAAUAAAAGGACAAUCUUGGCAUUCUGCCUUGCCUGGCUCCAGAAUGUCUAGUGGUGGGACAUGCCUUGACAGUCAGUUUGAUGUGUUUUCCUUCCAUCUGUGGGUGAAAAAGUACACUGGUUUACUUGGCUCUGUUUACACAGCUGAUCUCUCUCGUGCCACGAAUGAGACCAGUGAGUGGUGCUGUCCUAACGGUUUAUUGCAGGGCAAGUUAAGUUGAAGAAUCGGGAUUUCUCAGCCAGUGGAAAAAACAUUGGCCGCAUCAAUUAUGCCUUUGAAUAUGGGAUGGUGCUAGAGCUGGGGGGCAGGAGACAAGUUUGGACAAAUGGGUAUAUCAGUAAGUUUAGCCUUCUAUCCGCAACUUUCAGUGUACCAGUAAGUACUGUUCUACAGGUCUUGGGACAAUCUGCUUGUGAGACUGUAGCAGAGCCAUCUCCAUGUCUGGAUAUUUGUUUUACAUAGUUUGACAGGUAAGCUGCUCCCCAGAAUCCUCUGAUCAGUAUAUUUGACCCUCGGUAUGGUGAUGUACCUAUCAGAACUCUGUAAAAAUAAAUAUCCUGGCCAGGAGGUCACUGCGACAUCUCUCAGAAGGAUAGAGGCAUGGGGGCAUUUGCUUCUCCACAGAUCUGAUCAGCAGUUUGGUCCUGUCAUCAUGUCAGCCCAACAGCACAAAAUGAAAUGGCCAUGGAAGGACAUUGGCAGGUCUAUAGCAACCAAAAUCAGUCAAUAAGGACACAAAAUGGGACAUUAUAACAAGGUUCAGGGGUGUCUAUGGGGAUUCUCAGUCAUCCAGGUCAUGGUUGUCUCAAAGGUGCUUUUUCAAGAGGCAACUGGACUUUCUGGAAACCAUAAAGUCCAGUUGUAUCUUGAAAAAGCACCUUCGGGACAAGGCUCAGGGACGAGAACAAAGCUGCAUCAUUCAAUCUGGCCAAAGACCAAGGAGGAAGGAAGAUCUCUUUGAGUCAAAGUAGGGAAUGUUUGUGGAUAUUCUUGUGGCCCAAUCAGAAUCUUUCGGAAGCCUAUCCUUUGUGGCAAUUGGCUACCAAACCUUUUAUGUAGAUUGUGAGUGUAAAGGGAAAGGCUACAGAGACAUGGAGAACAGCUAACUGACGUAAACACAAGUGCAGUCCUGACUUUACACAGCCUGGUCAGGCAGUGAUUGUGGAAUAUAUGGAGGGAUCUGCUAUAGCUUCUGGGAACAAUCUUUUGCAGCCUGCAUAAACAAUGCAAUUUUUAUAUGCGGGGCAAUGGAGGUACUGUAUGCAUAUUUUAUGCCAUUAUGUUUUGCUAACCAUGAUGAUCGACUUUGCCAGGUGCAAAAUAUUGUGUCAAGUAUUUAAGUCUUAGCCCUGGCUACUUGAAAUAGAAUGUAUGAACUUCUGACAGCCACAUGGCAUCAUUCAUGAACAUUGAAGCCUAUGGCUGCAUUUAAAGAAAGGUUACAAGGGAUUUUUUAAUAUACUUUUAAAGUGGAAACUGGGUUCCUUGGAAGGCCAUAUUCCACGGACAAUUUCAUACGCUACUAUUUUUCUAUUUGUAUGUCACUAUUAAAUGCACAUUGUAUUGAUUAACUUUCCACUCUUGUCUAGCCAGCCCAGAUUUUAAAUUGCAAUAACAGCCAUUAGUAGGAAUAGUUUUUGCUGUUGUGCUCCACAGAGCCAGAACGAUGUUUCAUAUUUGCCAAGCAGGGCUGCACUUCCCUGCUUCUGGAAACAGGAUGUUGCCAGGCAGAAAAAAAUUAAGUCAAACCAGGAAUCAGAAAAAUACCGUAUGUUUGGAGUAUAAGGCACAUCUUU